CAGUUCAUUCGCUCUAUUGCAUCUAGCACACCGCGUUUCCCGCGCUAACCACAGAGUAAAAACUCAAUCAUAAACUGUGUUCCCGCGAAAAAGCAUACCUAACUAGGCAUAAAAAUGCGGUUAGCAUUGCUCUUCGCGCUGUGCCUUGCGAUAGUGCACGGGCAGGAAGAGAGUUGCAGGUCUGGAGAUGAAGAUCCCUAUCUACUCUUUGGCACGAAGACCGCUUACACCUUCUCGAACAAAGGCAUCCCUGUGAGCAGAGCUCAUGAUGUUCCUGGUUGUCAACCACUCGCAAUAUGGAUGAUGAACCGUCACGGCUCCCACAACCCAGAGGCGGAUGAGUUCGCAGGGUUGCAGAAGUUGGUCAUGUUUAAAAAUAACGUCAUCAUCAAUUAUAGAAAUGGCAACUUUAGAAACACCAAUCUUCGCAUGUGUAUGUCGGACGUCAACCUGCUAGAGCGAUGGGAGUGGAAUCCUCGACUAAACAUUUCGUACGCUGGAGACCUGACAAGUGAUGGCUACAUUUCCACUCAGCAUCUCGCGCAGGCUUGGAAGUAUAGGUUUCCUGGAAUAUUGACUGAUAACGUUCACGAUUAUCUGUUCAAAUACGUGAAUGAUGAGCGGUCAAGCACAACUUUCCGGGCGUUCACAGAAGGCCUGUUCAGCGCUCAAGCCGACAACAUUGACAUUUCCAAAGAAAGCGAUGAGAAAUUGCUACGGCCAUACAAAUUUUGUCCGUCUUGGAGCACUGAUGUCGAGGAGAAUGCUGACACAUUGACACAGCUAAAUAUUUUUGAAUCCAAGCAGGAAUACAAAGAGAUGAUAAACAACAUCUCUCGUCGUCUCGGCUUCAACUACGACAUCGAGCAUGAGACGCUGCACAGCAUGUAUGACAUGUGCCGAUACAACAAGGCCUGGGACGUCACGCAGAUCUCGCCUUGGUGUGCCGCCUUUACAAAAGAUGACCUGAAACGUUUGGAAUAUGCCGAAGAUUUAAUGACGUAUUAUAAAUACGGCUAUGGUUCGCCCAAGAAUCAGGAAAUCGGAUGCACAGGAGUUAAAGACAUGAUGGACUUCUUCAGGACGCAUGUGGACAAAGAAACCCCUCAACAACCUCGAGCCGUCAUCCACUUCACGGAAGCUCAAAUGCUGUUGCUUACACUGCAAGCCUUGGGCGCGCGCCGCGACUUGGCGCCGCUGACUGGAGACAACUACCACACCGCGGUCGCGCAGAGCCGCAAGUGGAGCACCUCCGCCAUGACGCCCUUCAACGCCAACCUCGCCGCCGUGCUUUACAAAUGCACACCAAACAGCAACUUCCAGAUCAACGAUCAAUACCAAGUCCUCUUCCUAGAGAAUGAGAGGCCGCUAUACUUGGAGGAGUGCAGAGUUGGCCUCUGCAGCUGGAGCUUUGUUAAGAACCGCUUCGGGCUCAUAGCUGAUAACUGCAACCUCAAGUUCUGCAAUGGCGCUGACAAAGUCAAGGGUAUUAGCUUCUUAGGAAUAGUUUUAGCACUGUUGCUUGAAUUACCUACUUUAUUAAACUAGGUAGUUUAGGUUAGGGUAUCUUAUUUGAUGCUAGCAUUAUGGUUUAAAAGAAGAGUAAAAGUGCAGAUACACUACUGUGUUGCAACUUGUUGUGAUGGAGUUAACUUUUCACGGUCCGUUCACAUACAACACCAUCGUCGGCCAAAGUCUUCUUUGAUUGGUCUAAUGCGUUUUCAGGUAUGUCCUGAUUGGUCAACCAUCACAACAGGCAGGCAGCGCAGCACAACAGUCUGUCUGUAUCUUUAGGCGCGUAGGUACCAGUAAAGAAACGAAUCAAAAAUGACGGUGUUAAUCCAUUUCACUCCCACAUUAUACCUGUGUAUAGUGUGUGAGUGAGAUAACAUGAUUAGUUUUUCCUCUUUGUUUCGAUUCGUUUUUUUUUUACUGACAUGUCACUCGUUUAACAAAGAAUUCGUUGGUAAUUUUCUAAAAAUCUAUGUUUAACUUGUACCUCUUUCACAAUAUUUUAAAUGCAUUUGAAUGUACAUAAAAGUCUAAUUUUAGCAACAUAAGUCGUACCUAUCACUUUUAAGAAUUACUUAAUGUUGUUGUUAUUUACUUAUUACUUACAUAUUUUUUAUAAAUGAAUGAAAAGUCAUUUAUGUAGGUCGCGUGCACGAAUCGUAGUGAGUUUAUUAUGUAGCUACACUUACAUAUCUAUGAAAAAAUACACUAAUACUUAAGAACAUAAGUAGUUAUUUAAAUAAAUAAAUAAAUGCUGGC